AUGGGGCCGAGCGGCGCGAGAACGGGGAUCCCGUUCCCCGGUGCCGCAAGCGCCAGCGGCACCACUUCAUCGUCCAGGGACAGAUCCGUCCCGCGCUCGGCCGCAGACUCGGCAUCCGAGUCUGGUGAGGCCAUCGACAACCGAGACAUGGAAGUCGAUACCGAACCGUCUGCCAAGCGCUCCAACCCGGCGGGCGCGGAAGCGUCCACCAGCCUUCCCAGCAUCAAGAAUCUCUUCGGCAUUGAGCGUGCAGAGCCGCUGGCAUCAGUUCGACGAUCCGAUGGACUCUCCGAAGAUGGCCAUUCGCUCGGCACCGCAACACCCAGUUCGCCAGCAGGAGUUCCCCAAGCAGCCUCUUCGCAGUCGCUGGAUCAACGCGGCUCGCGCGGCCAUGCCAGCACCAACAGCUUCUCCGAAUUUCAGUCCGGCCUCUCACACAGCUCCAGCUCAUCGUCGCUCGGGCCGAUCCGCACCAGGCACUCUUCCAACACUGGGGCUGGGUCUUACGGACGCAGUGGUCCGCUUGUGCCCAGCACACCUCCUCGUCAUCCCGGCUCCUCAACACAUCCAUUCAGUCCCGAAGAUGGCGGAUCACGCCGACGAGUCGAUUCACGGUCGCGUCAGGCACAAGCGCUCAAAGGCCUCAUCCUUUCUCCACCCUCGCGCCGAGUCCCACUGGAUGGCGAAGGCCCAAGUUCCGACAUGUCUGCGCCAGCGCAACGGCGCAGCGGCCAUCGUCCCGCAUCAUCCUCUUCGGGCUCACUCUCCACCUUGUUCUCGCACAUCUCGACCGCUUCGGACCCUUCGCCCAUGCUGCCGCCUGGCUACGUGCCUUCGGCACAAACGUCGGAGGAGAGUGUGCCUCACGAGGGCUGGGGCGCGGCGAGCGCACGGUCCGAGACCACCAGCCCCCGCACCAGCUGGCACAGUCGUUCCUCCACACUCGAGUCAGGCGAGGCCGCCUACAAGAUGAUGGGUAACCGACCGUCGGGCUCGCUCUUGCCGCCUUUCCGCGAAGCCCACGGCCAACAGGGCGAGUCUUCGCGCUUCUCGCCUGAACAGCACUUCUCCAGCCUGUCGCGUCACCGAUCGCUGCGCACGCCAGGAAGCUCCGCCGAUCUGCCCGGACCGCCGCAUCAGCCGCCGCACCGACCGCGCGCGCGCACCCUCACGCACACCGACCGACCGAUUGCGCCGCUCCCGAAUUCGGACGACCCGGCACGCAGGCAAAGGCUCGAGGCGGCGUCCGAGCUGCUGCGCAUGGGCCAACAGCGCGGAGACGACCCUGCCAACGCGCCAGGCGGGCGAAUGUAUUCGCACAAGCACAGCCUCUCGAUGCAGGAGCGUGCGCCGCUGCCGAUGGAGCUCUACGAAAAUCCAAGCGUGACGCGUGGCCAUCGGCCCAAGUCUCACUCAAUGUCGGGGCAGGAGCCCUACGAUCCCGAGAUGCAGGCGCACUAUGGCCCGCCGGGAAUGUCGGCGCCUGGCAUGGGCGCGCCGCCUUUCGAGCGAGGCGGCCCACCGCCGGGUUCGGGCGCGUUCGACUCGUUCCAUCCAAGGCGAGGCCGUGGCGCUGGUGAGGAGGCACCACGUCCAGGCGGUGCCGGUUGGGUCUUUCCGCGUCGUCCGAUGCCGUCGGAAGCCGAGGCGCAGCGCAGUGCUUUCCAGCAGCAGAUGAUGCGCGGCCAAAGCCUGGCUAGCGUGCCGGACGGCAUCAUCUCUGCGCAGCAUGGCGGCGCAUUCGGCGGCGUGCGGGCGGCGCCGAGCACGACGGGAACCAUCGCGUCGGGCCAGGCCAAGUACGAGUGUGCGUGGUGCGGCAAGCGCUUCUCGAGACCGUCGAGCCUCAAGAUCCACCAUCACUCGCACACGGGUGAAAAGCCGUUCGUUUGCAACGAGCCGGGCUGUGGCCGCUCGUUCAGCGUGCAGUCGAAUCUGCGGCGUCACCAGAAAUGCCACGCGCCCGGCGGCGACCAGUCCGAGAUGGACGCUUCGCGACAACAGCAAGGACCGAUGCACGGUCGUGGUGAUGAAGCAUUCUGGGCGCGCGGUCCUCCCCCGCCGGCAGCCUCGGGCUCGAGGAUGAGCCCGAUUGGCGGCGGCAACGCUGGUUGGCAUCCCAUGUACGGCCCGGGACCCGCUCACGGCCACGGCCCGCCUCCGCCGCAAUCGCUGCCGCACGGACAUCCCUACGGCGGUGGCCACCCGCCUCCGGGUGCACCGGGCGGACCGAUGCCGAUGCCGAUGGCGAUGCAAAUGCCUAUGCACAUGCAGAUGCAAGUGAAGGAUCAUCCGCCGCUUUCGCGAUCGGCGUACGAACCGGGAUCGCGCAGCAUGAACACUUGGACCGAGCUGCGGCGCGAGAUGGGCCCGCCCGGAUACAUGCGCGAGUACGAUCGUGGAGCGGGCCCCGAGGCGUACGACGUGGCACGGUCGCCGCGUCGAUUCACACAGAUGCAGGAUCGCCGGCUGUCGGAGUCCGAGGAGGAAGAAGAAGAAGAGGAAGAAGAGGACGGGCUGCGGUACGAGCAGGAGAGCGUGGGAAGUCGAAGGAGCGCCAACAUGGAACCUUUCGAUUCGCGACUGCAUCGCGCCGAACAUUCACCGACGAAGGAAUCAGCAUCGGCCGGGGGCUCGAGCGAAGAGGAAGGCGACACCACCGUGACCAUGAAGAGCGGCCCGCGAGCAAGGAGCGCCACCACCACGAGCACGACGUCGGGACUGCGCGUUGGCUUCAACUCGCUGCUCAACCCGGAGGAAAGGAGAGCCGACGGCCGGGUCAAGGAGGAGGGAUAA